AACCGGAAAAAACAGGCAUCAGGCGCGGAAUCGAAAACUACUAAACUAGCACGAAUAUUUGCCCUUUAAUAUCUAGACAGAAAAGAGAAUUGCACGUUUUACGACGGUUGUGCCCUAUGGUGCUCCUACACACUUCUCCAGGACGCUAUCCUAAAACAGAAAGUACCAAUUAUGUUCGGUAAAUCGUGACCGUUAAUUAUUUGUGUUGGGGCCUCCACGAGGUCUUGCACAUCUAGGCCUGGCAAGCGGACUUGCCUAGCCAUUUACCUGCACUUUGGUUGAUAUUACAUGUUACAAAUUCUGUAACAGAAUGUCUGGAUUCGGAUCGAUUACACUGGGGGGUACUAACCCCGCUGGAGGAGGAUUUUCUUUUGGAGCAGCAACAAGCGCGGCACCUGCAGCUGCGGGCACCACGGGCUUUGCGUUUGGUGGACUUGGCGGUGCCGCUGCCCCUGCUGCUGCAGCCGCUGCUCCGGCCCCUGCUGCCGCCACGACGACCACCACCUCCGGUCUGUUCGGAGGGAGCAGUCUUUUCGCCCAGAAACCAGCCAGCGGAUUUUCCUUUGGCAAUGCAGCUGCUCCUGCUGCCGCCGCCCCUGCAGCUGCCCCCACGGCCGCCGCUGUUGCUGCUCCCAAUACGGGCUUCAGCUUUGGAAAGCCUGCCGCCUCCGCCGCCCCUUUCUCCCUGACCACCGCUACCGCCGCAGCCCCCGCCGCCACCCCAGCCACUGGGCUCUCCUUCGGGACCGGCCUGACCGCCGCGGCCCCACAGACCAGCCUGGCAGGCUUUUCCCUCAACCUGGGGGCAGCGGCAGCCACCAGCUCUGCCGCAGGCCUGGCUGCCCCUUCUGCUGCCACUGGCCUGACACUCGGCUCCAGCUUAUUCAGCACCGCCCCUGCCGGCCAGCCCACGCUUCUAUCAACUUUGGGGCAGCCACUGGGUGGAGGUUUGACACUGGGCAGUUUAGUGUCUACGGCUGCUGCGACCUCUACUGCUGCACCUGCCGCCAGCGUCGGACUGGGCGGAGUGGACUUCAGCACAUCCUCAGAGAAGAGUGACAAAUCCUCUGGCGUCAGCCCCCAGGACAGCAAGGCCCUUAAAGAUGAGAAUCUACCCCCAGUCAUCUGCCAGGACGUGGAGAACUUCCAGAAGUUUGUGAAGGAGCAGAAGCAGGUGCAGGAGGAGAUCAGCCGCAUGUCGUCCAAGGCCAUGCUGAAGGUGCAGGAGGACAUCAAGGGCCUCAAGCAGCUCCUGGCCGUCAGCGCCAGCGGCCUGCAGAGGAACGCCCUCGCCAUCGACAAGCUCAAGAUGGAGACCGCACAGGAGUUGAAGAAUGCUGACAUUGCCUUGCGGACACAAAAAAUCCCGCCUGGCCUUCAGCACGAGAACACUGCCCCAUACGAUUAUUUCCGGGGCCUGGUGGAGCAGUUUGAGGUGCAGCUGCAGCAGUAUCGGCAGCAGAUUGAGGAGCUGGAGAACCACCUGACCACCCAGGGCAGCGGCUCUCACAUCACUCCCCAGGAUCUGUCCAUGGCCAUGCAGAAGCUCUACCAGACGUUUGUGGCCCUGGCCGCUCAGCUGCAGACAGUUCAUGAGAAUGUAAAGGUCCUGAAGCACCAGUACCUGAACUACCGCCGGGCGUUCCUGGAGGACUCCACGGAUGUCUUUGAGUCCAAGCGCGCCGCCACCAAGAGGUCCGCCAGUGCCCCGCGCGUCACCACCGGCCCCGCCCCCUUCAGCAGCGUGCCCAACGCCACGGCGGUCGCCAUGGCCGCCACGCUGACGCAGCAGCAGCAGCCCGCUCCAGGGACACAGGCACCCCUUGGGGCAGGCUUUGGGACCCCCUUCGCCCCCUCAGGCGUGGUGGGCACUAGCAUGGGCUCUUCCGUCCUCGGAGCAGCGUUCGGCAGCGGGCCUGGGUUCGGCAGCGUGGCUCCAGGUGGAUCCUCCUUCGGCUUCUCCUCCACCAAGCCCUCAGGGGGGAGCCUCAGCGCAGGUUUUGGCAGCUCCAGCACAUCAGGGUUUAACUUCAGCAACCCUGGCAUCAACGCGUCCGCAGGGCUGACGUUCGGUGUGUCCAACCCAGCGGGAGCGGGAUUUGGAGCCGCUGCACCCCUCCUUCAGCUGAAGAAGCCCCCCGCAGGCAACAAGAGGGGCAAGAGAUGAACCGACACAUCUCUAUUAGUCCGUCCACCCACUGGGUUUGGGUUGUCAUCAUGAGCAUGAGGGACAGUGAUGGGCACCCGGGAUUCAGAAGCUAUAAUCCAGUGCCAGAUAUUCCAAAUGACCUGGUUUUACCUUUCCACAUGCCCUACUUGGACAGGGAAAAGCAGGUGUUUUGGAAUAGGUGGCACUGGAUUGUAGCUUCUGAAUCCAUGUUGCACAUUACGUGCAAGCCAACACUAGUUGUGUCUCUGGAAAACAUCUAUUUUUAUAUUAAGAAAGGGUGGAAGGGAUAAGUCAUUAGCACAUUUAAAGAAAAAAAAACUGAGGUUAUGUGUUUCGUUUGUUCUUUUGGAUGUUAAAUGGAUGUUUGGAUGUUUUUGUGUCUCCCCCCAACUAUGUUUCUAUGCUCCUUAUGAUGCACUUGUCCAUGUCCUGUCUAAUAAACGAAGGACAGUUGUGCUGAUGUUGGCAUUUUGUUUUAUUUUAUUUUUUUAGAUGUUGUGUAUGACUUAAGUGUUGGUGGGAAUCUCUCAAAUGACUGACUGAAGUUCUGAGCACAUUAUGCAGACUCCUGUUGCUUUCCUUUCUUGAUGAUGCAUUUAGCUGCAUGUGCACUGGCGCAUGUGUCUGUGUGCGAACAAGUGUGAGUGGGUGCAUGUGUCUGAGCUUGAAUUGUGCGUGUGUGAGAGAGGGAGAACCUUCAAUUAGUGUCUUGGUUUUUCAGUGUCUAUUGCUGUAUUCGUUAAAUUGGAGAUGCCUGGUUUGCCUGUGUAAAAGAGCGCACUUGUGCUCUUUGUUAUCCUGGACUUCCCUUGUUUCCUUAACCAAAUAGUGGAAAAUGUCUUUUGUAUAAGUACGCAGAAUUAAUGUGUAUUGCGUGUAUUUUUCAACUUUGAGAGAGAAGUUUAAUAAUAAAAAAAGAACAGCAAAUGUC